AUGCGUGCCACCAUCGCUCUCGGCAAUGCUUUCCGCACCCCCUUGAUCCGCUUCGUUGGCAAGCGUUCCGUCCCCUCUGCCGUGGACCACACUCCUCGCGUUCACCCUGCCUCCCCCGAGGGUGCCCUGCCUGACUCCUUCGCUACCUACCGCGCAAAGGCCCAGCAGCACGGUCCUCUCGGUCGCGCUCAGUUCACCGGCGGCAUUGGUGGCUCAGCCGGUGCCUCCCUCGGUCCCGUUCGUCCCGGUGCUGGCGAGUUCUUCGACCGCGCUGAGCUCCCCACUCGCUUCGGUCGUCUGCCUUGGAGCCAAGCCGAGAUCGAGGCCAUUGAGACCGGUGGCGCGAGCAUGUACGCGUAA